UCACACGAAGCCCGGGCCCCGCUUGCCCUUUGUCUUGACUUUCCCCCGACUCCCCCCAUCCCAAUCCGGCGUCAAUUUUUCCACCACGUACUUUUCUCCCUUGCUGGCCACCACCA